CACGCCUACUUUCUUCACGGAGGCCCUCUCUGGAGAGCUCGGUUUCAUUUUGGUAUUGGUUUGUUUUCAGAUCAAAAUGAAUAUCAAUGAGCUUGUUCAUGGAAUGAAUGGUAUCAGUUUGGAACGAGGUAUGAAACAUCAGGAUAGUGAGACGUCGGAGCAUCAUGAGAGAGGGCAUCUAACCAGAAAAUCUUCAACCACUUCAUCUACGGGCUCUCUACAUGUUGAUAAAAAGAAACACCUUUUUCGAAAAGAUUCCGAAGUCAAGAUGGAAGCGAUUUUCAAAGAAUUGUUCUCUCCUGACGCCAAAAUUGUAGACCAUUUUGAUGGGGAAAUGUUGAUGAUCCCUGGCAUUGAACUUGAAGAUUCCAAAAAUGAAGAUUCCCUGUUGAUUUCGAAUCAUGAUAGAUUCAAACUUCGUCGUCAAACUUCAUUAGUACCAAAAAAUGAAGUAAAAAAGAAUGCAUCUCCUCAACCUCGAGUCCGUGUAAUUACUCGAAAAUCGCCAUCUCCGUUACGUAAAUUGUCAACUCCAACGCAAAGAAAGCGGUCAUCCUCCUCGAAAGCCCCUCUUCCAAAAUUGAGUGCUCCACCAAGUCUAAAGCCAAACUUUGUGACGGUAGCCGAUGAAUCGUUGACUGCAGCGUAUUUGCGAAAGAAUCCAAUUCCGUUGAGAAGAGGAGUGUCAAUUCCACAGAAGUGAUUGGAAAUUUCCUACUCUAAAAUUGUCAAUCAAGAUAAUUUAUAACCUGUUACAAUGUAACCUAAAUUAUUCAAUAACUAAUAAUUUGUAAGUAAAUAACAUAUUAUAAAUAUAUUUAUUGCGAAGUUAA